AUGUUUGCCAUGUGGUCCGCAUCACUGGCACUGGCGGCGUUUGCCGCAUUUGGCACCGUUGGCCGCAUUGGCGCUGCCACGAACGGGACGGGGCAGUGCUUCCAGGACGGCAUUCCUGAAACGUUGCGCAAGGAGCUGGUGAACGGCGAGGAGGCAUACCCCAUCGGCCUGUGGAUCAAUGCGUGGAAUGCCGGCUAUGUCAUGGCUGAAGUGGUGGAGAUCUUGAUUCAGGAGAAGCUGGGCUACCGUGUGCAAAAGUUGGGCCCAGGUCCCAGCACACCUGAUGGACUUUGUUGGAGGAUGUUGGAGGCCAUCGCUAUUAGGUUGGAGGCCAUCGCUACGUUGGAGGAGUCGAUGUGA